AAUGAUUCGAAUAGUGAAGGUGGCCGAUCCGCUCAGGAAAUUUUACUUGAAUUAGAUCCGACAUACACACGUGCUGUGGGUAUUCUGAAUAAAUAUCAGACCAACGAGAUGUCUUUCAACGAAAUUGACCCACGAGAUUUGAAUCAGAAUAAGGCAACCGGUGCGGAUAGCGAACUGACAACCGUGUCUCCGGGCAAUACCGGUGUCAGUGUUAGUUCGAAAGAUGUCAACCGUCGGGGUGAUUUGUCCGAACAACGUGGCGGUUCCACAAUGUCCGAUUUGCACAACACCGAAUAUAUGGACGAGUCGCGUACCACACGAUCACGUGUAUCACCCAAAACUCCGUCCAGCAAAGCGACCGAAGUGUCCAGUGCACCUCGAGUUCAGAAGCCACAGGUAACCGAAGUGCACAGUCCAUCUCGUGUUCAGAAGCCUCAGGUGACCGAAGAGGCCUCGGAAGAUACUAGUUCAGUGCAAGUAGAACCUCCGAUCAAAAUGAAACGAAUCACACCACAAAGUACACACACAUCCAAUCCAUCCUCAGUCAAAGUGUCCAUAUCCAGCUCAGUCCCGCAGCCCAAACCACUGACGCUGAAAAAACAGCCAACCUCUGAAAAGAUACGAACCACUGGAGAGGGUGAACGCCGGAUACCUAUGGCCCCUCCUACUUCGCGUCCAAGAUAUUCAUCUAAUCGGUCGGCAACCAGUGAAGAAGAAGAUGGUGAUGAAGAGGAAGAUGAAGAAGAUGACGGGGAGGGUGAAACUGGGAGUGAAUCGUUUACCGGGCAACCAUAUACUGAACCAGAUCCAACGGCACUCAGAGAUUUAGAUAAUGCCAGUCCGAAAACAAUUGCCAUGUGUGAUCGACAUGCGUGUCACUAUUGUUUCUUUGUCUAUUUCCCAUCGGCCUCGGUGGACGAAGAUCUUAUGCCUUUCCGACGAAAAGCAUUUAUUGACAAAGUUGCCCGUCUCCAGAACCCGGACCAUGUAAGAGAAGUGAUGGAAACCAAAUGUGCCCGGGACGCGUACACGGAUCGUCGAAUUAAAUCAAUCGAACGCCAGUCCGGUACAGAGAUUCGUCUGAGUGAACUGGACCCGAGUUCGGCAUUUAUCAAAGGUUUGCCUCGUCGCCGAUUGACCAUUGCCGGUCCGACAUUUGCGCAUAUCGGAUGCGCGCUUAAUCUGUUCGAAUCAUUAUUGCCCAAAGUGGUCAAGACCGGAAUAUUCCCGUAUAGACUACCCGAAGGUUCGUCUACCCGCUUUGCUUCAGGAGCUCGGCAAAGUUCGCAUUUUCAAUGGACUUAUGGUCGCAAAGAUGGCACUGUGCUAUUGCGUAAUCAACUGGAUGAUAAAGGCGGUUGGAGAGGCUUCCUGGUUCAAAACAAAACUGGGAAUUGA